AUGGGUCCAUGGGUUGAGGAACAUCUGGGUUCAUCUGGGGAGGACACCUGGGCCCAUCUGGAGAACAUCUGGGUCCAUCUUGGGGGGGCAUCUGGAAGCCAGGAACCAACUAGGGAGGCUCGGCAGGAGGAACUGGGACUCUGGAGGGCAGAAGGUCUGAGUCCCCACCCUGGGGGCCUGAUCCUGUCCCCCACCCCCACCCAGCUGUACCUCGCCAUCGCCCUCAUCGCCGUCGUCGUUGUCACUGGUUGCUUCGGCUACUACCAAGAGUUCAAGAGCACCAACAUCAUCGCCAGCUUCAAGAACCUCGUCCCUCAGCAAGCCACUGUGAUCCGGGAAGGGGACAAGUUGCAGAUCAAUGCCAACGAGCUGGUGGUCGGGGACCUGGUGGAGAUCAAAGGAGGAGACCGGGUUCCUGCCGACAUCCGCAUCAUCUCAGCUCAGGGUUGCAAGGUGGACAAUUCGUCGUUGACGGGGGAGUCGGAGCCCCAGACGCGGUCACCCGAGUGCACCCAUGAGUCACCUUUGGAGACCCGCAACAUCGCUUUCUUCUCCACCAUGUGUCUAGAAGGAACAGCCAUGGGCUUGGUGAUCAACACGGGUGACCGGACCAUCAUCGGGCGCAUCGCCAGCUUGGCCUCGGGGGUGGAGAAUGAGAAGACUCCCAUCGCCAUCGAGAUCGAGCACUUUGUCGACAUCAUCGCUGGCCUCGCCAUCUUCUUCGGCGCCACCUUCUUCGUGGUGGCCAUGGUCAUCGGUUACCCCUUCCUCCGUGCCAUGGUCUUCUUCAUGGCCAUCGUGGUGGCCUACGUCCCGGAGGGGCUCCUGGCCACUGUCACGGUUUGCCUCUCGCUGACGGCCAAGCGGCUGGCACGGAAGAACUGCGUGGUGAAGAACCUGGAAGCGGUGGAGACGUUGGGUUCCACCUCAGUCAUCUGCUCGGACAAGACGGGGACCCUCACCCAGAACCGGAUGACGGUGGCGCAUCUCUGGUUCGACAACCAGAUCCAUACGGCUGACACCACCGAGGACCAAUCAGGCCAGAGCUUUGACCAAUCCUCGGAGACGUGGACCAUGCUCAGCCGCGUCGUCACCCUCUGCAACAGGGCCCAGUUCAAGCCCGGGCAGGACAACGUCCCCGUGGCCAAG